AUGAUUAAAAUAGUUAUGUUUAUUGUAAAAAUAUGUGCUAGUGUUAAUAAUAUUUACUAUUAUUUUAGUGAAGAAAUGUUGGAAAUUGAAUACAACUACAUAAUUUCUAAACAUUUAACUUAUAGCAGAACAAAGGAUACAACAACAUUUAAUUAUUCACAAUUUUUAAAUGAUAAACAUGAAUUAGUAGUUUACUUUUUAUCAAAAUUGACCUCAUUUAAAUAUAAUUCUAAAAAAGAAGUUUGUCAUAUUUUUAAAAGAAUUAUUGAAAAAUAA